UUAUUAUAAUAAAAUAAUAUUACAUACCUAUAAAAUUAUUUUGUAGUGUUAAUAAAUAUCUAAUAAUUAUUUUUAAAUUUCUGUUUUUGUAAUUCACUUGUUGAAUAUAUAAAAUACAUUUUCAAUUACAUUCAAUGACAUUUUAACUAUUUUUUCAUCAAUUUUAAUAUAAUAUAUUUAAUUAAAUUUUAAAAUAAUAGUCAUAAAUACAAGUUGAUUAUAAUUAAUUUGAAAUGUCUGGAAACAAUGAUGAUGCAUUUCAUCGAACUGGAUCAUUUCGUCGUGUCUUACCUCCAGGAAAUGAUACAACUGGUAUAAGUGGUAUAGCAGUAAAAUCUACAAAUACCAAUAACUCCUAUAUUAAUGCAAAUUAUAUUCCGUUUUUCCUUGAGUAUACCCUCAUGUCUGAAUUUAAUAUUUUAAGCAAAAAAUUAAUACCAGGAGUAUAUGUUAUACCAGCAGAUAAAACUCCAUUCAUAUGGUUUGGAGUGAUUUUCCCGAGGUAUGGGCUUUAUAAAAAUGGAGUUUUCCGUUUUCGAUUACUUAUAGAUAGUAAUUGGCCAAACUGCGAUUGUCCCAAAGUAAUAUUUGAGACACCACUAUUUCAUCCAUUGGUCAAUCCAAUCACUGGAGAAAUGAGUAUUCAAUAUCAUUUCCCAGAGUGGAAAAAAGGAGUUAGUCGUAUUUGGCAUGUAAUAAAUCAUGUAUCAAAAUCAUUUUAUGAUAUACCCAGAACUAAAACUCCUGAAAAUUCAGAAGCUGCAGAAUUAUUGAAAACAGAUAAUGAAAAUUAUAUGAAAAAAUGUGAAGACUGUGUAAGACAAAGUCAAGUUGAUAUAUAUAAGCAACCAAUGCAUUCAGAGAAUAUUGAUCCAAAUUAUUUGCUGUUUGAUGUUUAUGACGAAGAAAUUCAUGGAGCUAUAAGACGUUCAUGGCUUCAACAAAAAGAAAAUGACAACAAGACUCAACAUUUAUCUUGGGUACAACCUGGAUCAUUAGAACCAUUUUCUCGGCCAAAUACCUAAAAAAUUAAAUAUUUAUUAAAUUGUACAUACUGUUAUAUUAAUAUUUUAAUUAAAUAAGGUAUAUAAAAAAUUUAAAAGUUAUUUUUAACUUAAUAAAAUCCAUAUUAUUGCUAUUCUAAGUAAAUAAAUAUUAAGUUUAUUUUAAGAUUACAAAAUUAUUAUUAAAACAAUUUUAAGUCAAU